GCUGCAUAUUUGCUCCUCCUCCUGUUUUGUCCCCUCCCAUCCAAUCCCAUGGACCCUCCCGCCUCACUACCCAUUCAGCCAUAGGAGUUUAUUGCUGCGCCUGUUACCUGCGGGGCGGACUUGGAUUUUCGAGGCUUGUAGAUGUGGUGCGGUCUCAGUCUUUUGCUUGUGCUGGCCUGCCCUCCUGCGCCCAGAGACAUCGCGAUUCAUGGCUACUAGUGAGUCGAGUAGUGCGCGACAAACCCCCCGGGUCGCAUACCUCUGGUUUUUUUGUCUUCGAAACAGCCACACAGCCUAGAGUGCCGCUAAGUGCGAAAGCAGUAAUAUUGCAGGUUUUGGAACCGCUUCCCGUUUACGUAACCAUAAAAACCGAUAGCUGUCGUACCAUAUCAUAUUGUCCCGUCAAAGUACGGUUUACUACACCGUUGCAGUUAAGUACGCAGGUCGCUCUAGGACAGCCGACUCGCCACUUGAUGUUCGCUCAUUCAUUUGUCACUGAACCUCCCUGCCCUCCGCAUUGGAGAGCUAGGCCCCCCGGGACUGCGCACACGGCUUCCCUCGGGUAAGAGGGGGACGAAGGGUAGCGCAGCACACACGCGCACGCUCCGCCGCGGCACACCGCUUAUUUCCCCCGCUCCUCCUGCAUCUUCCCUCGUCGCGACAGCGUAGCUCCGUGCAGAGAGAGAGAGAGAGAGACACGCAACGCACAGGCUCACGCACACGCAGCCGCUGACUCACACUCACACGCACAUUCACACUCACGCGCUCGCACACACUCACUCUCUGACACGCAGUCACAGUCUCGCGCGCACGCCAUGACGACGACGAGCAGCGGCGCCAUCAUCCCCUGGUGGACCACCCUCGAGUUCGGCUCUCCGGGAACUCUCCUCUACCGCCUCCUCUUCCUCGACUCCCAGUACCGCGCCUUCUCCCCCUGGCACGACAUCCCGCUCUUCCUCUCCGCGUACCCCGCCGCGGACCCCAAGGCGCCGAGCGCGAUUCCGCCGCCGCCGGGCGUGCAGGAGAGCUGCUCCUUCGAGCAGGGGCUGUCGUUUCUGUGCGUGACGGCGCGCGGGCAGUGGGCGAACUUCGAGGUGGCGCAAGACGAGAAUUUCAACCCCGUGCGCCUGCUGAAGCGCAACGGCCGGCCCGCGCAUUACGCGGAAAACUGCCAGUGGAAUCUGGGGAUCUUCACGCAGACGUGGGCGGACCCCGCCGCGCCGAAUGAGGAGCUCGGGGGGAUACACUACGACGGGAGGCCGCUGCAGGUGAUAGAGGUCGGGUCGCGCACGUCGCGCACGGGGGAGGUUUAUUCGGUGAAGCCGUUGGCGGCUUUCGCGGCGAUCAGCCAGGCGACGAAGAUCGCGUGGAAGGUCGUCGCCGUGGCGACGGACGACCCGCUGGCGAAGGAGCUCAACGACGUGGCUGACGUCAGCAGGAAGUUACCUGGAGUCCUGGAGGAGAUUAGGGAGUGGCUGCGGCUGUGCGACUGCACGGAGAAAGGCGACGCGGGUAAGGCGUUUGGCUUUAACGAGCGCGCCAAGGGCCGCGAGCAGGUGCAGGCGUGCAUCCGCACGUGCCACGUGGCGUGGCAGGCCAUGUUCCACGCGCUUCCGAAGCCCGAGCCGUGGCUCCCGCGCUCGCGGCCGCCUAAGAUGAAAACUAUAGAAGCCUUCUGGGCGCCGUAUACGGCUAAGUAUGUUAACGAAGGGGGCGGCGUGGUGAGUAUAUUCGUUAGUGAUCCUGAUUGGGAGGAGAAGGCGGCGGAGGCGGAAAAGGCUCGCGCAAAGGGAGGAAGCGUGGGCGGGUGGGCAGGGGGGGGACCACCAGCAGGGGGAGCAGCAGCAGGGGAGAAGGAUGAAUCGGUAUGGGAGACUUUAUCAACGGUGGAGACCGUUGAUAUGCUUGAGAAGCUGAGGACGCGGAAGCAUCUGGGCCGUCCAGCGUUCUUCGCCAUGAUCGAUCGUCUGGUCUCGGACGAAUCGUCCACCAAGGACGGCAAGGGCGGCAAGGCCGUCAAGAAGGGCGGCGGGCUGCUCGCGCGGAUCGGCAGCGGAGUCCCCCCUGGCGGGGGGGAGGCGGGGGCGGAAGAGCCUGCGCGGUCGCGCUCGCCAUUCCUGCCUGCGCGGUCUAAGAGCACGGAAACUACUGCGCCGAUGGAGAUUAGCCGCCCCUCCACUGCGCCGUCGCAGGGGAAUCAACCAGCGGCAGCGGGAGCAGCACCGGGAGUGGCGGGCGCUCCAGGCGUAACGGCUGCAGGCGCGCCCUCCAAUCUGCGCCCAGGCUCCGCGGCUGCCAGGCGCGCGGCUGCUGCUGCUGCGGCUAAGGCGGGGGGAAGGGGCGCGGGGAAGGCCGCAGGCGCAGACGCAGCGACAGGGGGAGCGGGGAGGGGAGCAGGAGGAGCGGGAGCAGGCGUGGGGGAGAGUGGAAAAGCUAAGGGGGAAAACAGGUCAAGUGGCGCAGGGGGGAAGGCUAUGGCCGAAGGGCAGCAGAGUCAAGGGAAGGGUGAUGGGCAGGGGGGGAAGCAAGGGGAGGAGGACGCCCAUUCCUCUGAUAUCCCUAGAUCAGGUACCUUAGGUAAUCCAGGUAGCGGCUCUGUUGUUCGUGCGGCCAUGCCUCGGUCUGUGACCGCGCCUGGUGCCGGCAGUGCUGCUGCUGCCGCCGCCAUUGUUGCUGCUGUUGCUGCUGCUUCAGGCGAGGGGGGAUUUGGGAAGAAGGUGGAGCAGACGCAGAGCGGCAAGCAGGGGAAGGAAGGGAGAGAGGGGAGGGAGGGGAAGGAGAGCAAGGAGGCUAAUAACGCGGAUGACGGCAGCGGAGCGGGAGGGGGGAGGAGGAGAGCGGAGGCGUUUGAGACGGAGGAGAUGGAGCUGCAACGGGCGCUCACAGGCCAGCCCUCAGAGCGGCAACGCGUGGAGGCGUCGAGACAGCAGGCAAAGGGGGGUGCGUGGGCCAAGCCAAAGUGGGCCAACGAAGGUGCUGCUGCUGCUGGCGCCGGUGGCGCGGCUGCUGGACGAGUGGGUGGGAACAACCCCCGGGGGGAAUACGGCGGCAUGGGAGGGGGCGGAGGUGGGGGAGGAGGGGGGAAUGCUGCGGGUAGCUCGUACCUGGCGCAACGAGAGCAGAUGCGUUCGGAGCUGUUUCAACAGUCCCUAUCAGGGAACCGUGGUGGUGGUGAUGGGGGGACGAUCCCUCCCCUGGUAAGGCGCGCCAGCAUGGAGUCGAUCGAGAGGAGUGAGAGGAGGAGACAACUAAGGGAGGAAGCGGAGGCAGGGAUAGGGCAGGGGGGGGAUAGGGAUAAUGGGGAUGGGUAUGGGCCCAGUGGGUAUAGCCGAUCGUACACAGGCGGAUCGACGGGCUCCACUGGUGGUGGCCGCGGCGGCGGUGGUGGUGGUGGUUAUGGUUAUGGUGGUGGCAAUGAUCGGUAUGAUGACUAUGGUGAAGAUUCCUCUAGAGGGGGAGGAGCAGGUGGAGGAGGGAGGAGGAGAGGGAGUGUGUCACCUGUGGGGGCUCGCAGGCCCAUGGCAUAUGGGGAGGGGAUGGAUGGGCAGAAGCAGGGCAGCAGGGGGAGAGAGGAGGAUGAUGAUAGGUAUGCGCAGAGGGGCGGGGGGAGGAGGUCGUCUCUGAGUCCUGUGAGGCGGGGAGGAGAGGGGGGAGGCAGAGGCAGGUACGAGGAUAGGGAUAGGUACAGCAGCGACAGGGACUGAGGCACUGGCAGGGAGGAUUGGCUAGCGGGGGCGGUCCUCUUUCCCCCCCUCCUCCCUCAUGCUCUGUUCCACCUCCCUCCCCCUCCUCCUUGCCUCUCUCCUCUCCAUCCCUCUGUCCACCCCGCCCCGCCCUUCUCCCUUUCAUCUCCCCCUUCCCACCCUCACCUGCUCCUCCUCGGCCACACUACCUCUACGCCCUCAUGGGAUGGCCAUAUGUGCGCUGUGCCUGUGCCUGUGGUAGAGAACACCACUUAUGAGGUGUCCCAAAAGACAUCCCCAUGCCAUCCCAUGUGUGUGUGCUUGUGGCGGAGGCUGUGGUAGCGAGCACCACAUGCUGAAUUGCACUGUUGCAGUGCCAUAGGGAUUAGGAAGCCAAGCAGAUGACGUAGGAAGGUAGAAGACAGCAUAGGGAGCAACACAGACACAUGGAUGGACAAGUGCGGAGGCGUUUCUGGGGCAUGUGUAGCAGUCGUUCUUUAGGACAGAAUGAUUUGGGGAGUACAGUGGUAUUACAUAACGAAAGCACUAUAAACAAAGCACUAUAAACAAAGUGCUAUAAACAAAGUGCUUUCAUUCCUCUGGGUUGUCUUUGUUUGGUGAUACCGUAAAAACCAGUGCCUAUUUUUCACGAGUAAAUUACUCUGAUUCUCUGAUUUUCAGAGUUGAUUUUGUGUACC